AUGGCAGGUUUUAUUGCUCAACAAUAUUUACAAAAACAUGGUAGUUUUGAUGCCGGUGUAGCUGAUAAAAAAUUGUAUUUAGUAAUUGAACAAUUAACUGAAGAACACUUCUUUACUCCGCACAAUAAUGAUCAACGACAACUUUUUAUUGAAGAAACUAUUGUUAAUUCGCCCAUCUAUUAUACAACAAUGAUCAUACGACAAUAUGAGUCGUUUUUUAACGUUGAUGAUAUUGAUUUGUAUUUAACAGAUUCAACAGUAUAUGUUACACAUCCUCAAAAUAAUCAAACAACAUCAAACGUAAAAGCCGAAAAAAUGGGAGCAUUCAAUCCGCAAUCGAAAGUAACUGUCGAUUUGAUCAAAACAGUAUUGAAAGAAGGGCCAAUAUUAGAGACAUUAACAUCAUUACAGCAGUCUGUUAAUGGACUAAAAAGUUACUUUCGUGGAUAUAAAAAUAGAUCAUCAAUGAUACAAGCACUUCUUAAUUACAUGUACAAUGAUUUAAAAUUAAUGCAACAUUAUCCUGGUGGUGCUUCAACCGUUUCGAAAGAUGGAAAAGAAUACCAUCACCAUGUUUAUCUAUUAAAAUUUUCGAUCGAAAACAGUACGAAAGACAAAAUUAUGUUUAAUCAAUAUUUGGCAGCUGUCGAUAUGAACAUAGAAAGUUAUCGUCGCUUAAAUACACAGAUAGUUGAUUUAAAGAAUGAUAAAAUUAAACUAUCAGUGGAAUUAACAACAACACUGGUGAACCCACCGUAUGAUAAACUCGUCGAUCAAAUGUCGUUGGUAAAAUAUGCGCCGGAUUCAGCAGCUCCACCACUACGUACACCAGGUUCAUCACCAAGAAUUCCUAAUGAUACAAUACCACAGUCACACCAAAAAAUCAAUCAUGCUCGUCCUUCACCAACGCCAGCAAAUUUAAAACAAACAUUACCAACAGCAAUUGCAGCAGCAAAACGCGAAGCCAAAAGCAUGAUAAACGAUAAGCAACACACAACAACCAAAUAG